AUGGGAGCUGGUCAGAUAGGAAUCCUCCUCAGACAAGACAUUUGGCAUUUAACUGUCACACCUCCACACCUAAGCGCGCCGUCGGCUGCAUGUGCGGGGGCGGGGUCAAACGUUGACAUACUCUGUGUUUGUCUCCUGUCUGUGAUCUGGUGUCAGGGCUUCAGAAGACCCCCUCCCCUGUCCCAGGCCCUCUCAGGUGCCCCCGGCUCUGACUGGCAGGCCUUGGAAGUGGAGAGGCGCUGUGGCCCCCAACGCUCAGUCAGCCUGCCUGUGCGCUGA